GCCACAAGCUAAAAGGAGGGGAGACUACUGUGAUUAUAAUUCCCGCCGACACUGUUUUCAUGGUGUUGUUUUGUGGUUUUAUUGAAUUAUAAUUGUAUUUGAAGUUCAGUGCAGAGUGAGGAGUCAAAAUGCCGUCAGGCCGACCCUCAAGGCGAGCCAAGCAACAGGCUGUUGCAGAGAUGGAGGAGGCAGAGCAACCUUCGGAAAUGUCCAUGCAAGACCAUGAAUCAGACAGUGACUUCGAAGAGCCAAAAGCAAAAGGCAAGAGGAAGAAGAAGGAAGAUGGUUACCAGGCUCCCAAGAGGAGGAAGGCCGACUCUCACGCCAAGUCUCGGCGGGCGCACCAGGAGUCUCUGGACCAGGGAGACGGCAGCCUGUUUGAGACGGUCAAGGCCGGGAAAGCUUCUCUACAGGCGGUGGUGGAUGACUGGAUAGAAGGCUACAAGCUGGAUCGUAACGCAGCGUUGCUGGAGCUGAUCCAGUUCUUCAUCCAGUGCUCCGGCUGUAAGGGGAAGAUAACUCCGUACAUGUACACCAACAUGGAGCACGCUGAGAUCAUCCGCAAAAUGACAGAGGAGUUUGAUGAGGAAAGCGGCGACUACCCUCUGAUCAUGACGGGCCCGCAGUGGAAGAAGUUCAAGUCGUCAUACUGUGAGUUUGUGCAGGUGCUGGUGCGUCAAUGUCAGUACAGCAUCAUCUACGACCAGUACAUGAUGGACAACGUCAUCUCCCUACUCACCGGACUCACCGACUCACAAGUGCGCGCGUUCCGACACACCAGCACGCUGGCCGCCAUGAAGUUGAUGACAGCGCUAGUGGACGUGGCCUUGAACUUGAGCAUCAAUCUGGACAACACUCAGCGCCAGUACGAGUCGGAGCGGGCCAAACAGCAGAACAAACGGGCCGGGGACCGACUGGAACUUCUCAUGCAGAAGAGACAAGAGCUGGAGGAGAACCAGGCAGAAAUCCGCAACAUGCUCACCUACAUCUUCAAGGGUGUUUUUGUUCACAGAUAUCGAGACACGCAGCCAGAGAUCCGGUCCAUCUGUAUGGCGGAGAUCGGGGUGUGGAUGAAGAAAUAUCCCAACAUGUUCCUGGAUGACAGCUACUUGAAAUACGUCGGCUGGACCCUCUAUGACAAAGUCGGGGAUGUGCGCUUGUGCUGCCUCAAAACCCUGGCCCCACUCCACGAGACUCCAGAUUUGUCUGGGAAAUUGGAGCUCUUUACAAACAGAUUCAAGGAUCGUAUUGUGGAGAUGACAUUGGACAAGGAGUACGAUGUGGCUGUCCAGGCUAUCAGGCUGGUCAUACAUGUACUGAAAUACAGUGAGAACGUGCUGACAGACAAAGACUGCGAGAACGUGUACGAGCUGGUGUACUCGUCUCACCGCCAUGUGGCGCAGGCGGCCGGAGACUUCCUCAACCACAAGCUCUUCAAGCGCGACGACGAUGCCCCGCCCGUGCGCUCCGCCAAGGGCAAGAAACGCAGCCUCAACACACCUCUCGUCCGAGAUCUGGUUCAGUUCUUUAUUGAGAGUGAGCUCCACGAGCAUGCGGCAUACCUUGUGGACAGCUUGUGGGACAUCAACGACAUGAUCAAGGACUGGGAGUGUAUGACCGACCUCUUGUUGGAGGAGCCGGGGAAGGGAGAGGAAGCCCUGGACGACCGACAGGAGACGAGUCUGAUCGAGAUCAUGGUGUGUUGUGUGAAGCAGGCCGCCUCCGGCGAGUCGCCGGUGGGCAGAGGUCCCAACAGGAAGAUGUCGGCAAAGGAGUCGAAGCAAGUGAUGGAAGACAAACAGAAACUGACGGAACAUUUCAUCUCAGCGCUACCCCAGUUGUUGCUCAAGUAUUUGAUGGACCCAGAGAAAGUGGCCAACUUGUUGCAGAUCCCGCUACAUUUUGACCUGGACAUCUACACCUCAGGCAGGCAGGAGAAGAACUUGGAACUGUUGCUCCGAUACGUCAACGAUAUUGUAGAAAAACACACUGGGAAUGAGGUGCUGGAGGCGUGCUCCAAGUGCCUGGAGUGUCUGUGUAAUGAGGAGUUUGCCAUUGCUGGAAAGUGCGAGGUCAGCAAGAAGACGCUGGUGGAUGCGCUGGUCAUCAAGCUCAAGCAGGCCGUGCAGGACUACUUCACAGAGGGCGACACUCCGGACGAAGACGAAGCUUUUGCCCUGCUGGCCAGCCUGAAGAGAAUCUACGCUUUUUACUCGUGCCACGACCUGACCAACUGGGAGUUGUGGGAAGACCUGUUCCUGGUGGUCAAGUCGGCGCGGGACAAAGUCAGCAUUCCUGAGGAGAUCAUUUGCAAGGCCAUCCAGGCGUGCUCCGUGGCAAUUCUCUGGUUCUUGAAGCGCAUUGACGAAACCAAGCCCAGACCAGACGAGAUGAAGCGGUUGAGGAAGAAGCUGGCUCACCUCAUGCUGUGUUGUCACGAGCUCAUGUUCCACGAUGGGGAGAAGGUCAAGGAGGAGGCGUACGUGACCAUCUGUGACCUACUGAUCGUGUUCGGGCCCCACAUGGCAGACGCCAACCCCCUGAUGGGCCCCCUGGUGUUCAGCGUGGAGCCCAAGCUGACAGCACACCUCAACGACUUCCUGAUGACCAAAGUCUUUGUGGAGGACGAUGAUGACGAUAUCGACGAGAACGUGAAAAUCGAAGAGCUACACAAGCGGCGUAACUUCCUGGCGUGUUUUUGCAAACUGGUCGUCUACAACGUGGUUCACAUCAAAGUCGCCGCAACCAUGUUCAAACACUACAUGAAGUUCUACAAUGACUAUGGUGACAUCAUCAAGUUUACCCUGAGUAAGGCGAGAGAAAUCAACAAAGUGAUCACCUCGAAGACGCUUGCGAUGAGUCUGCAGCAGUUGUUCAAGGAGCUCCAGGCAGAACAAGGAGAGGUAGACCGGUCGUCUGAUGCCUUCCAGUCCAUCAAGGAACUGUCCCGGAGAUUUGCCCUGUCGUUCGGCCUGGACCAGAUAAAGAACCGAGAGGCCGUGGCUACAAUGCACACAGAAGGCAUCGUGUUCAGCCUGAACCCGUUUGACAACCCAGACCGCGGCCCGGCCGGCGCCCCUCAGAACCUGGCCUUUCUGGAGGUGUUGUGUGAGUUCACCAACAAGCUCAUGAAGAUCGACAAGAAGACAGUUGUGAACUACCUAGACAAGCAGGUGGAGGGGAAGAUCCCGCCUAGCCGCGGCGAGGACUGGCAGCCGUUCUACACGUACCGCAACAGCCUGAUGCAAGGCGAGGCCGACUGGAACCCCAUCACUCUCAAACAGGCCGCGCAGAAACGCUUCGGCAAGCGAGGCCGACACGACAAUUCCUCGGACAUGAGCUACGAGGCUCAAACGCCGGGCCCCAUGAGCGUCCAGCCCAUGCACUCUACGGCCAUCAAGAGAGGUCGCCACCCCGACCCCGACGACGCCUCCGAUAUGGGGUCGGAAGCCGACUACGAAGAAGUAUCUCACAGCGGUCAAGGCAACUGGUCAGCGAGACAGCAACAGGACACCUCAGGACUGAGACGGUCGGAGAGACACCGCGGGAAUACACAGCCCAGCCAACAGCACAUCAGCAGUGACGCCAGUGAAAACAGUAUCGGGGAGUUUGAGAGUCCUUCCUCCGGGCAGUCACACCAUCACCAUCACCAGCAGCGACAUCAGCAACAGCAACAUCACCACCAGCAACAACAACAGCAGCAGUACUACUACCAACAACAGCAGCAGCAACAACAGCAGCAGCAACAACAACACCACCACUCGCCUAUGGCCGGUGCAAUGACACCACACCAGCAGAUGAUGAGUUCUCCCAUGACUCCAGGGACCAGCAACCCUCACACCCCGCUGACCCCUCAAGGUCACUACUACCCCCAGAGAGGCGGCAACUUGUUUGAGGAGGAUUCCUCUCAGUACAUCGAGGAGGCUUCGUCGGAUGUGAGCGGUCAUCAAGGGUACUGACCGAUGCGACGGAGAAGAGAGUUGACCGGUCAUCAGCCAAUGGGACAGAGAAGAGAGAUGACGGAUCAUCAAGGGUACUGACUGAUGGGACUGAGAAGAGAGAUGACGGAUCAUCAAGGGUACUGACUGAUGGGACUGAGAAGAGAGAUGACGGAUCAUCAAGGGUACUGACUGAUGGGACAGAGAAGAGAGAUGACGGAUCAUCAAGGGUACUGACCGAUGCAACGGAGAAGAGAGAUGACGGAUCAUCAAGGGUACUGACCGAUCGACAGAAGAGAGGUGAUCGGAUCAUCAAGGGUACUGACUGAUGCGGCAGAGAAGAAAGAUGACCGUUGUCACUACUGCAGCCAGGUGUAGGAACAGACAGAUGUGAGGCAAAGAGAAACAUGUGGCAGACGACAGGCACAUUUUCUUUCUCUUCCCCUUCGUCAGUUCCAGGCGUGUCAGCUGCCCCGAAGUUCCCUCAGCUGUUCCAGAUUUGGCGAUCUAGAAUUUCUGAUGUCAUUCUUAAAAAUACAGUAUAUCAUCGCCGUCGGGAUAAGGUCCGGAUAAGUGAGGUCAGGAGAAGAAGAAAGAAAAAAACAGAGUUAUUAAAAUGACGACUUAGAGUGAUCCAAUUUUCAUACUGAUAAAAAAAAAAGUCCACUACCGCUUAUUUAUUUGAAGAUAAAAUUUUUAACCAGAGUAUGAAACAUGCUUUGUAGAAUACAUUUCACACACAAAAAAAAGCAAAAUCGAAAAUUUUGUAGUUAUCUAACGUUAUCACGAUGGAGACGAUAUGAUCCUUAUAGUUUGAGUUCAGCUCACUUGGUAUUGAAAAAGCCACUGUUCCCUACAGACUGGCCACUACUGCGCUGCCUCUCCGCUUACAUAGCUCCAAUCCCUGUCUCCGUCUCUGUACCCAGACUGCAGAUGUCAGUGCUAGGCUGUAUUUCUUUAAUUCCCCGAUACGCACAAAUUUGUACUUUUCUUGUGUCAAGACGUGCUGGAAUCAGGCGCUUGUUAAUUUAUAUGAUUUUAUAUACAUUGCAAGUACUAUAAAACUCUUACUAAAACUAAAAAGCUAAUUAAUUUUUGGGCAUAGGGAGUUAUUAGUAUCAUCUUAAAGCUUAUUCAUUUUGUUUUGUUUUUUAUUGUAAAAAAUACCUAUCUUCAACAGCAGUCUAGAUAUUUGAGAUUGAAGGAGGUGAAGGCCACCUGGUGUCCCCCAAUGGACCAACCAACAGGAAAAUGUCUGUGUCUUCAAUUUCAUUAUUUUGAUGAGCACCUGAUUUCACUACAAUGCCACACAUGCAUUUUGUGUAUGCUUUAUGUUCAUUUGGGUUUAUGCAUUUUGUGCAAAGAUUUAUGUUGUUCGUUUUUGUUUAUGCAUUUUCUGUUUUGGCUUAUAUGUAGGCUACUUUAUUAAAAAUGCAUUUUGAGUUAUGAUUUAUGUUCGUUUGGGUUUAUGCAUUUUGUGUAAUGGUGCAUGUUCAUUCUUAUAUGUAUGCAUUUUGUGCAAAUUUGAAAGUUAUGGUUUAUGUACAUGUCUCAUAAUGCGUUGUUUGUAACAGUUUGUAUUCUCUCAGAUUAAACAAGAAUGAUCAAGGGAA